AUGAGAGGCCCGUCACUCUUUGAAGAGAGCUUUGAUGUAUGGAGUCGAUCUCCUGUCGUUAAUAGCAUCACCAUCAACAUCGUUAUCGCCUUUACCAUUAUCACUUUCAUCGUCAGCAGCAGCCUUCACCAGCCUGACUCACCACCCUCACAGCCUGACUCACCACCCUCAAAGCUUGACUCACCACUCUCACAGCCUGACUCACCACCCUCACAGCCUGACUCACCACCCCGACAGCCCGACUCACCACUUUCACAGCCUGACUCACCACCCUCACAGCCUGACUCACCUGACUCACCACCCUCAAAGCCUGACUCACCAUCCUCACAGCCUGACUCACCACCUUCACAGCCUAACUCACCACCCUCAAAGCCCCCCUCAUUACCAAGGCCAAUUACCGGCCACCAACAAGACUCAAGGGUCAAUUAG